AUGAUGAAAAGCGGAAAGAAGCAGAUUGUGUACGACGAAAACUCAGGGCGAUUCUUCGAGUCGAACAAGGACGAAGGAGACUGCAUCCCUGACGAGGAGUUCUGUGUUAUAGACAAGGAUAGCGGCACAAUGAUUCGCCUGACAGUAGAGGAAAAGGAACGCAUUUUCUUGGACGCUCUUCAGGCAUACUACUUUGACAAUCGGCAGAUGCUUAAUGACGACGAGUUUGAUCUUCUCAAGGAAGAUCUUCAAUGGAAUGGAUCGGAGGUUGUUCAAAUGAAUCGAAAAGAAGCAACGUACCUCGCAGCGGUGCAAGACUACAUGAAGGGCACUCCCAGCAUGGCGGACGGCGAGUUUGAUGCGCUGAAGAAGGAGCUGAUGGAAGCUGGUUCUGUUUUUGCUGUCGCCAAGGAACCCCAGUGUUACAUCGACACCGGCAUUUGCAAGGUCACCUUGCAAGAAGACAACUUCCGAAUGAAUCUCCUCUACCUACCGGCCAGUACCAUCAUUUUCGUGGCAUGGCUGGGACUUGGUUUUGAAUUCAUUGAACCCAUUAUCCGACUGAACCCAAUCAUCUUGGCUCUCCUGGGUACUCCGUUUGUUGUGCAGGGCUCCAAGUUCAUUACCGACAAUUUUCUUUUCCAGAACAGCUAUGUUGCGUACGGUCCCUGUCCAAGUUGCCAGGCAUCGAACAGGGUAUACUUCGGUGAUAUCCUUGGAGUAGAGGGUUUUGAUGCUGUUGCCACGGUGAAGUGCCCCAACUGCAAAGAGACCUUCAAUGUGCAACGGAACACACUGCGAGCUUCCACUCUGCCUAAGGCUUAA